UCUGUAUGAUCUUUUUCCUCCCACAGGGACAAACCACAGAUGAGUCGGCCUGGGCGGGCCCACAAACCGCUUGGGCUGCCUGGCCUUGAUCACUUUAAGGACGCAGACACAUGACCCAUUGUUGUUGUUGCUGCCGCAGUCCCAGGAUACGAGAGGAGGGAGGAGCUUCGCUGCCAACCUCCCAGGCAGCCCUUCACACUUUCCACUGCCUUCCUUCUCUCCGCCCGGCAUCCUUCCACAAGGGUAGCUCGGCAGCAGAAGCGGCUCAGCCUCUCCCGAGUGGGACAGCAUCUCUCUCCAAUGAGGCUUGCCGAGUGUCUAGGAGCCGCUGGAUUCCUGUCCCGCCGGAGCUGACAAGGUGCUGGACAUCACAGAGGCUGGAGGUCGCAGCCGAAGGUGAAUCUCCAACGUCGAGGCACAUCCAGGGCGUUUCUCCUCUGCCUGUUCCAGAUUCCUCCUGAGAAAGCCAGAGGAAUCCUUGCUCGCUGCUCCCUAGCCGGUUCUGGAAAUUGGAUACUGGCUCACAGCUGUUUGUGCAGGGACCCUGUCCCUUGUGCUGAUGUCAGGCUGCCGCCCCCAAUGUGCCCACCCUCUCCGGGGAGAAGAAAUGAAGCAGAGAUGAACUCUGGCAAUGGGGCACGACCCCUCUCUCCCUGGAAGCUGGAUCCGCUGCCGUGUGGGGGGCAAAGGCCCCCCGAACCGUCCCGGCACGCUCUGUCCCUUGUCUUCACGGUGUUCGUCUGGCUGGCGACGGGGACCACCAUGUCCAGCCUCAACAAGUGGAUCUUUGCCGUCCACAACUUCCGCUACCCGGUCUUGCUCUCCUCCUUGCACAUGCUGACGGCCGUGGUGGUGGGCAACCCUUUGGCAAAGCUGCGGGCCGGCGGCGCCGGGCACCCCGCCCCGUGCCCUGGAGCCAAGGGCAGGGUUUUCCUGCUGAGCCUGACUUUCUGCGCCAGUGUGGCCUUUGGGAACAUGGGACUGAACUACGUGCAGCUGGACUUUGCCCAGAUGGUUUACACUACGACGCCGUUCUUCACCCUGACCCUCUCCAAGGUGCUGCUUGGGAAACACCACCACCCCCUGCAGUACGUGGCGAUGGGGCCCAUCUGCUUGGGGGCUUCCUUGAGCAUCGUCGGGGAGGUGCAUUUCGACCAAGCCGGCUGCUGCUUCCUGUUUGCUGCGACUUUCCUCCGCGGGCUGAAGUCCAUACAGCAAAGUACCUUCCUGCAGGAGGAGCGCCUGGACUCCCUCACCUUGCUCUGCCUCACUUCCCUGCCCAGCUUCUACAUCCUCUUUGCGGCCGCCCUUGUCCUGGAGGUGGGACCCGCCUGGGACGGCACCCUGGCGUACGGAGGGGACCUCUGGGCCUGUGUCCUGCUCAGCUGCCUGGGCUCGGUUCUGUACAACCUGGCCAGCUUCCACGUCAUCUCGCUGACGUCGGCCCUCACCAUCCACGUCCUGGGGAACUUCAAUGUCGUGGGGAACCUCCUGCUCUCCCACUUCCUCUUUGGCAGCCGCCUGACGCUGCUCAGCUACGCGGGUAUCGCCCUCACCCUCUCGGGGGUCUUCAUGUACCACCACUGUGACUGCAUCGCCUCCUGCUGGCGCUCGAGGGGUGGGCGGGGCAAAGAGGAGUAAGCAGAGAGAGGGAGGACGUGAUUGGAGUUGUGGCUGCCAAGCACAGGAGC